AUGUCUGAAUUCGAAGAGACUAAAGAGGCGCUUCUUGCUCGCCAUAAAAAAGAGCAGCGAGAUCUUGUAGCAAGAACCACAGGAAUGAGGAAGCAAGCCUCGAAAAAGACACGGAAGAGGGUUCGGAAGCAGAUUGAGGAGUUGGAGAAAGAAUUGAAGCGGAGACAGGCCGAGGAAUUGGAGAAAUUCGAGGUAGAACAUGGCGAAGUUGAUCAGAAUAGCGAGGGUGUGCAAGAAGCGACAAAAGGUGAAACAGUCACUCCUGAGAUGUUGUUGGCACAGCUAGAGAUUGAGGAAAAGGAGAAGCGAGAGGAGAUAGCAAAGGAGGAGGCAGCAAAGAAGCAGAAACAAGAUCAGCAGAAGGUGCCCCAUAAACAUAGAAACAGACAGAGAGAGAGGCUCGAGAGGAGAAAAGCAGAGAUGAAAAAGCAGGAGGAACAAGCUCGAAAGGAGGCAGCAAACAUGCCAAGUGCAAAGGAGGUGGAGGAGCAGGCGAUUAAGAAGUUGUGCGAGGAACAGAAUCUUGUUCCGCACGAAAUCACACCGGACGGACACUGCUUGUUUGCAUCUAUUGCAGACCAGCUAAAAACACGCCAGAAAGUGGAUAUGAGCGUGAAGGAGUUACGGGCGAAGGCGGCAGACUACAUUAAGGCGAACGAGGAGGUGUUCCAGCCGUUUUUGUUUGACCAGAAUACGAACAGCAUGCAGAAUGUGGAGGAAUAUGCGAAUAAAGUGGAAAAUACUGCUCUCUGGGGUGGGGACAUUGAGAUUUUGGCUCUUUCGAAGAUUUUCGACAGCCCUGUGAGGAUUUUAAUGGCUGGGCGGAAGCCGAUGGUUGUGAAUGAGGAGGGUCAGCAGCCAGAGUUGAAGAUUGUGUACUACCAGCACAAACUUGGAUUGGGUGAGCAUUACAACUCGUUGCGGGAUGCAGAUGGCGAGGAAAAGAAGGACGAGUGGAAUGAAUAA